CACUUUCAAACCACCCAACCACUCCAUCCCUCCAUCCACCUGCAGUACCUCGUCCACCGAUCCACAUCACAUCGGCCCCCCUCCCCUCUACGAAACCCUUUAAAUAGGCCGUGCGCCCACCCAGCCGUCAAAAUGCCUCUCUCCGAAGUGCAACGGACGCAGAUUUUGGAAAAGAUGGUGAAAGAAGGUCGGGAAAAGGUGUUCUUCAACAUCCAGAUCGGCAAGAAGGACGAGGGUCGCGUUAUUUUUGAGCUCUACAAUGAUGUCGUGCCCAAGACGGCCGAGAACUUUCGCGCGCUCUGCACGGGCGAGAUGGGCGUGGGGAAGAGUGGGAAGCCGUUGCAUUAUAAGGGCAGUACCUUCCAUCGGAUCAUCAAGCAGUUUAUGAUUCAGGGAGGCGAUUUCACGAUGGGCAAUGGCACGGGGGGAGAGAGCAUUUAUGGUGCGAAGUUUGGGGAUGAGAAUUUUAAGAUUAAGCAUGAGAAGCCUUUUUUGCUUUCGAUGGCUAAUGCUGGACCUGGUAUGUUUACUCCCCUUCUCUCUCUGAUUUUCUUCUUCUUCUUUUCUCUGGAUAGCUUCAGUUUUGGCAGAUUUACAUGGCAAGGCGGGAAAGGGAUGGACUAAUCAGAGACAACAGGCACAAACGGCUCCCAAUUCUUCGUCACCACCGUCCCAACCCCCCAUCUCGACGGAAAACACGUCGUCUUCGGCGAAGUCAUCUCCGGAAAAUCCAUCAUCCGCAAGAUCGAGAGCCAACCCACCCAAGCCGGCGACAAGCCCAACAAAGACGUAACCAUCACCGACUGCGGCGAGCUCACACAAGAAGAAGCCGCCCUCGCAGCCGAAACCAAAGUCGCAGACGCCACCGGCGACGAAUAUGCAGACUUCCCAGAAGACCUCAUCAAGUCGCCCACGCCCGCGGAGAUCGUCAAGAUGGCCACUGACAUCAAAGGCUACGGAAACAAGGCCUUCCUGGAACUCAAGAACCUCCCUCUCGGCUUGGAGAAAUACCAAAAGGGUCUCCGAUACCUGAACGAGGAUAUGGGCGAGGAGAAACCGCCGUUGAAGGUCAAGCUCGACCUCGAGAACCUGCGGUACGUCCUGAACUCCAACUCAGCGCUGCUGUGCAACAAGAUGCAAGAAUGGGCCGACGGCAAACGCUUCGCGACCGCGGCGCUCGAGGCUUCGGAAGAUCUCAGCGGCCCCGAGGAAUGCAAGGUGCUCUUCCGUCGGGCGAUUGCCGAGUUGGCGUUGAAGGAGGAGGAUGCCGCGCUGGAGGAUCUGGAGCGUGCGAAUGAUCUGGUUCCUGGGGAUGCGGCGGUCGUCAAGCAGCUGAAUACCGUCAAGAAGGACAUCGCGGAGCGGAAGAAGAAGGAGAAGGCUGCUUAUAGUAAGUUCUUUAAGUGAAAAGAAAAAAAGGGGGUGGGGGAGGUAGGUAUGUGAGGAAUGCAUCUAUCUGAUGAUAAAGGGAUGGAUGAGGUGAUGGAUGGGUGGGUGUUUUACGAAUUUACGAGUUCCUUCAUGCGAUUGAACGACCGCUGGUGGUGAAAAGCAAUAAAAAUUAAAUGAUGAUCCUGGCAGGCAUAUACAAUGGAUAUGCUUUCCUUUGUUCCUUGGUGCGUUGGUGCGUGG